UGUGACCCGACCCUUGUAACAAUGUUGGUGGUAUCAUUUCCAUGUCGUGAGUCGAAGCCUCUUCUUCUUUCUCCUUCUCCAUUCUUGGAACUGAAGCAGCACAAGCCAUGUCUAAACUCGCCCACAAUCCAUUUUCUUGCUUCGCCAGAACAUUCAGUUCAUGGGCUCUAGCCAUCAAAACUGCUUCCUCUCCCCGUAAAGCUCUACACCUUUACUGUCAGAUGCACCGCCGAUCGAUUCCCUUCGACACCUUCUCCGCACUCUUUACCCUUAAAUGUUGAACCUCUUUGCACAACCUCAACAUUAUUCGCCAUCUCCACACCCAUAUAUUCAAAAUAGGCUUUGCUACCCACGUUUACGUCGCCACCUCUUUGCUCUAUGGCUUUGUGGUUGUUUCGUUGGAUGAUGCGUGUAGGUUGUUCGACGAAAUGCCUGAGAAGAACACUGUUACCUGGAGUACCAUGUUGAAUGGGUUUGCUAAGUCUGGGGAUAUAAAUAGUGCCCGUCAGGUUUUUGAUGCUAUACCUUUGAGGAAUGUUGAUUCAUGGUCUGUCAUGAUUGCAGGCUAUGUGAGUAAUGGAAGAUACGAUUCUGGGUUGGCUUGUUUCCGAGAUAUGAUGUCGGAUGAGGGGUCAAAACCUGAUGAAAUUACCUUGGGAUCUGUCCUGUCGGGUUGUGCUCAGGUGGGUUCUCUUGGAUUGUUGAUGGGCAGAUCAGUACAUGGGUUUGUGGGUUUUUGAUUUGAUGCCUGCAAGGAAUGCAUGAAGUUUCAUUUUUCUUCAAUCUCAAAUGAAAGCAUGCAAAGAGCUGGACAGUUGAGUUUUUCUUGUAGUAAAGGAAGAAAAGCAAAAGAAAUUUCAUUUUAUCUCUCUAAACUUAAGAGUAAGCAUGUACGUAUUAAAUAUCACAAUGUAGACACAAGUUGAUAAAAUUCCAAAAUUCUUCAAUGCCAAUCAAGGUUUCCUUUUUCA